UCGUCUUCUGUGCAGAGUUCGCUACACCACCGGCCAUAUCCCAAGGAUGGAUAAUAACAUGAAACCGUAUGGUAAAAAUCCAUUGAGAACCAGUGUACUAUUCUGCUUGCUGCCCUCAAUGUGCUGGAUAUACUCAACUUCUGCCCAAGAAAUAUCAUGUGGAGCCAUCAAUCGAUACACUCAACGGGUUACAAACGAUGACAGUAUCAUUCGGAGUUACGUCUCUUUCACUACUGCUAAUGCUACUGCUACUGCUACUGCUACUGCUACUGCUACUAGAAGCACACCGCAAACUCAGCUGUCGUCCAGCACACCAUACACAGUAGUUUUCAAAUAUCCUGGAAAUUGCAACUUGGUAGCUCGUAAGAUUUCGUUCACGUCACUAGGUAUGUGUGACUUCAGUGUGCAUCGUCAACAGCACAAUGGAGAGGUGUGGUCAAGUUGGACAUCUGUACAAUUUUCUCAUCACCAGCAUAUUGAUAGAAAUGGAGCGAAGUGGUACGAUGAACUAAGGAUAGUACUACCCAUUCUGAGACGUACCCGUAUCAGAUUUAAAAUACGGAACCGAAAUAGAUGUCGCACACCCCUGGUCGGUAUUGAGCCAUUCAUAUCUCUGGUUUGCGAGGACGUUAAUGAAUGUACAGAAACUCCACAUCUAUGCAAUCCGUACAGUGGAGUUGAUUCUGGCCGAUGUUUCAAUAACUAUGGUUCCUACUCCUGCGUGUGCCACCCCUCGUUUACACAGGCUGGCGGAACAUGCCAAGACUUUGACGAAUGCAAGACGACCAAGGACGUCUGCAUUGAUGUUGAGAAUAGCAAUUGUACAAACACUGAAGGAUCAUUUGAAUGCUCGUGCAGAAGAGGCUUUGCCGGACCUCAGUGUCAAGAUCUAGACGAGUGCGAGAAGGACAAGGACAUCUGCAACGGCACCGCUAGCAGCUAUUGUCAAAACACAAUUGGAUCUUAUCAAUGUGUUUGCACAGACGGCUACUCUGGAUUUUCAUGCGAAGACAUCAAUGAAUGUACAGAUGAACUUGACGUGUGUAGCGGCGAGAUCAAUAGUGAGAAUCGUGCUUGUACAAACACCGAUGGAUCCUACAAUUGUCCAUGUUUGGCAGGGAAUUACGACGUCAACUGUUCAGGUAUAGGCACUACAACUGUUAGAUCAAUCACAACAGGGGACGAGAGCACGAUUACCAUGUCUCACACAACGGUCUAUAUUCUGGUGGCAGCAACUUCCGUCCUUGCAGUACUUCUGAGUGUCAUUACUCUAGUGUACUGUGUGAAGAGGAAGAAAAGAACCCGAGCUCAAUGUACAACCGGAGCAGUAUGUAGGGGUACAACACGACGGGAAGCACGCCAAGGUCAAGAGGAUGCUGCUACGCUGACGCCAAGUGAACUGUACGUGUUAUCCGAUUGUACUACUCAACUGGUGGUCAAUAACACGGCUACAACGGGAUUUUCGAACGUUACCAACAUGGCGUCUUCCAGCUGUCCCAGCCAAGUUUACAUGACAGUCAAUCCUGUGUAUGAAGAAACUGCACCACCACCGACCAAGCACGGGCGAAGCACCACAACAAAUCCAAUUGAUUGUGAAUACGAGGAGGUGAUUGCUUUCCCAAAGAAUUGAUCCCUAUCACAGAUUGACUAUGCACAACAUAUGUAAUACAAACCAGUAGACGUGCAAGAAAGAAAAUAAUAUUUCCUUUUUCGCUCAUCUACGAAUUAAAUUUGCAAUAAUGAGACCAUUGGCAGAAUUUUGACCCGAAUUUGAAAAUUCGACUUUUAUCAAAUUACUGCUAUCGAGCACAUACCGCCAGUUUGCAUGUCGAGUCUUUAAUACAUUGCAGAAUUUAAAGUUUUGGUAUUUUAAGUUUUUGUGCUGUGUGUACCUCGAUCGCUGCUACGAUAAUUUUGCCAAAAUCAUAAUCAUACCCAAUUUUCGAAGCUUUCACAUUGUGCAAUAAACGUAUUCUCGUACCAUUCAUUAUUCACAUCAGUUUGAAAGCAUAAUUCGAAAAACUCGAAUAGCUGCUGCGUUCAAUACCAUGAUUAGAGCAUUGUAUUUUCGUUUUCUUCUGUAUUUUACUUUUAUUCUACAUCGCAAGUCAAACAGGAAGUCAUGCCCAAUGUUAUGAUACCGAUAUAAAGGUAGAACAGAUUGCGGCCUUCUGGCUUCGACCCUUGCGAUAGCAUUGCGACCUUUUAAGGCUUUACGGAAUCACCCCUUGUGUAAUAGUAUUUACAUGAAUGAAACGUUUUACGUGAAUCGUGGCCGAGGGUAUUCAUAUGAAAGCAAUGAGAUCUUUUUUCCUUUUUGCAGCAGUGAUCACCUUUCUGUACGCCAUUAAUCUUUCACAGGAAAUAUCCAAUCAAAUCUGAUCCUGCGACUAUCUACUGAUAACUUCAAACUCAUUCCAAUCGCCGAGGAUCAUUUCCUCUCUUGAUGCUUAUUUUGCAAUCAUACAAGUACAUACAUCAUUUUCUUUUCCAUGUUGCCUAUUUUUUAUGCGCAUGUUUCAUUUCUGUGUUUGCACUUUUACCAUUGCAAUUUCUAACACAUCGCGCCAUUUACAUGUAUACUCCCGAGCACCGUCUAAUCAACGUCCACUUUCUUCUGAUGAUUGUUCCUAGUGCUACGAAACUCAGAGGAACAAAGUGCACCACCAUAUGACGGUGUGGACAUACAUUCGUG